UUCUUGAGCAUUAUCCAUCUUUCUUUCUUCUGUAUAUUGUUUAUGUAUCACUGUUUAUGUACAUUUGUCAUAGUCUUCUUCAGAGGAUCGUCGAUUGUAGUAGAAGGAUUCUAACACCAAAAUGGCCGCAGCCCUUCUCGAACUCGAACAAAUUCUUCUUUCCAAACAGGUGCCACUGACCGGUCAAGAAUCCAACAUACUCAUGAAUUACAAAGCAAAUUGUCUUAAGGAUCUUAUAAUAGGCGGUGGUGCAGGUGGAAUUGUGUCUUGGAUAGCUACUGGGAUGCUGAAUGCGGUAAUUCGGAUCAAUGUUGUAGCAGGUGUUGCUGCAGCAACAGGUGUAUGGAAAUUUCAUAAGACAGUAGAUUCUUGUGUUGAAGACAUAAUCUCCUUGAAUGGUAGCAAAAUUCAACAGCUGAUGGGAAACAUAAUUUUGGAGAAUCAUACAAAUGAUCCAUGGUUGAUGCAGCUGAUCAACAAGCAUUUUUAUGUGGAGAAGGUGUAUGAUGAUUCUUCCUCACGUCAGCCAAAGCUGCGAUGGCGUUAUCGUAAUUUCUACAUCAGUGAUGACGCUCAAUUUUCAGCAGCACAUGAUUCCAGUUUUGAUGAUCCCAAAGCAGAGGAAAUUGCUGAUCAACCAAAGAAAAUCUUUGAUAAUCCUAUCGGUUUUGCGUUUGUAAAUGUCCUAGAUUGCAUUUAUGGACUACCGGGAGCUACUAUAGGGGAGGAGACAGUCUCAGGCUCAGCUGUGAAAAGGGAAAGCCAUAGCCACCACAGAAGAUAUCACAGAAGACAUAGGAAACGCAAUUACCAUGAAGGGUCCAAGACUUCCCAUCAUGAUGAUGAUGUUCAUGUUUAGAUAUUGUUGAUCUUUCAGAAGGCUGAACUUCAUCACUUACAUUGAUAUAGAGACAAGUGUAUUCUAGUUACUUUAACAAUUCUAGCUAAGUUUUAAAUUCUAAUAAUACAAAAAUUGUCCACUUGAAAAAAUGGAUUAUUGGUACAAAAGAUUUGA